CGUCCAAUCAGCUUUCUUCCUUCCUGACAGCUGGCCAAUCACAGCGCCCACGUUCAGGGUGAAAACUGUUCAACAUGGAGACAACAGUUGAAAAGCUUGAGGCGAUGUUUCUGAAGGCAGAGGCAGACCUGGAUUACAUUGAGAAGCGGUUGAAGCUGGACUUCAUCAACAGCAGUGCAGAAAAUGGAUGUCCAGCUGAGAACAACCUGGCAGUGGUGCUGGAGAACCUGAAGUCUAUAAAGUCCAAACACUCAGCCCUGUGCUCGCAGGUGAAGGAGCUCACGAGUGCACAGAAGGAGUCUGUAGACUCGAUCAGAAACAACCUCAGCGGCGUCAUGGAGCUGCUGCAACACUUUGAACAGACCACUGAUAUGGAGGUUGGGACACUGACCGAGUCAGAGCGAGAGUCUGUAGCACUGCUAAGUGCUGUCAGUCGCACCACAGCCGAGGUGUGUUCAGCUGUAGCAGCUUCUCACCACGCGCAGCCACAAAGCAGUGAGUGUGAGGAACUGACUGCAGCCAUGCUGGAGUCGCUCCCCCCGAGCGUACGCUCCAACAUCAAGCUAACUGACCUCAAUACAUUCUACCAGCAGCUGCAGCAACAUCUGGGCAAAAGUAACAGGGGAUCACUUAGCGUGCAGAAGAUGAAGCAGUUGAAGAUGAAUGUGAGCGAUGCUAAGCUGAAGGUCCUGCAACAACUGUCUUUAGUUGAGCUGGACAGUAAAGGCCAUGUUCGUCUUGUGCUCUGAGCAGAGCGAUGGUUGUCACAGUAUGUACCGAGUUCUUGAGCAGAAACUAACCACGUGGGUGGGAUAGACACAUACAGGCCACGAGAUGUCAGUUAUACUUUCAGCCGGCGCUAUGGUCGGUCUGUACGUUGUAUAAAUGCUCAGAUAGAUUCACCAAAGUACAGCGCUGUCCUUUGAGCACUGGGGCAUAAGCUAGCCACAGUGAUGCUGUGAAGAUGCACAGUGUGUGCUGCCUGUUCAUGUUUUUCAUGUUAUGAUAAAGUUUAUUGUAAAAAUAUAUGAUUACAUUUUAACACAAGACCCUUUCCCCUGAGUAAAAUGCUAAACCCUUAAAGAUGCUAAUAGUUAUAAUGUAUUUUUGUCACCGCUGUAACUCAUUUAAAUGAGUAACUAACUUACAGAGUUUCUAACAGUAAAAUCUACCUUCAGCUGUGAUGAUUGAAACUCGAAAUAUUAAUACUUUAAAUGUACAAAGAACAAUGAUGGACAUUAAAAUAAAUGUAAAAUUGUAAUGUGUGGUCCUCUCACUUUGUGAGGUGUGAAAUAAAAGAUAAUGCUA